AUGGCGGCCCCCGUGAGGAUGCUGUGCUUCUCCGCGUUAAAACACUCAAGUCGGUUGUUGAGCACCACGCGAGGAGUUCAAGCUGGGGAAAAAUGGAGACUAGAGCAUGCGCUUGCACGCAGCGGCACCGAAUACGGACCUCUGACAGACCUGCCCGAUUGGUCUUUUGCAGAUGGCAGACCAGCACCUCCGACGAAAGGCAUGUUGAGAAGACGGAUGGAGAGGGAAAAAUUAGCUAGGCGCAUCGUUCUGCUGGACGCCGAGGUCGACAAGGGCCUCGAGUCGUGGCGGGAAACAGGAGAAGAAGCCCGGAGAAUUGAGGAACACAGAAAAUCUUUGCUGCUGAAACCUAAAGGAAAGUUUAUCAAAAAGAAGCAGCAGCCUGGGAAAUAA